UCUCUCUCUCUCCCCCCCUCCCUCUUGGCUCUGAUUUCCUUUUUUAUUUUUUUAUUUUUUGGGUUGUGGUUGUGGUUUCAGAUUCUGUAUUGUACUUGAAGAUAUGCUUUGCUUCUUUUUUUCUUAUUUCUAUCAAGAAUCAUGCUUAUUUCUAUCAAAGACCAAAGUUCUAUGAUUUCUUUCUCGUCCCUCGAUCUCUGUAUAUUUCUGUGGGUAACUGACGUGAUAUACGUAUCAUCUGUUCGCAGUGAGUGUACUGUGAAAAUGGUGAGACAGAAGAUUCAGAUCAAGAAGAUUGAUAACUUGACUGCACGCCAAGUGACCUUUUCAAAGAGAAGAAGAGGGGUUUUUAAGAAGGCCCAAGAACUCUCCACUCUUUGUGAUGCUGAGAUUGCCCUAAUUGUUUUUUCUGCCACUGGAAAACUCUUCCAUUAUUCUAGCUCAUGCAUGAUGGAACUUAUUGAAAGGCAUAGAAGGCAAUCAGAGAACUCGAGCAAAUUAGGGCAACCAUCUCUCCAACUUCAAGGAAAUGAUAGCCAUGGCUUGCUCAGCAAGAUGCUAGUGGAGAAGACUCGUGAAUUAAGGCAACUCAAGGGAGAAGAGCUCCAAGGACUUGACACGGAUGAGUUGAUCAACCUAGAGAAAAGGGUACAAGGAGUACUAAACCAUGUUGUGGAAACAAAGAAUGACAAGUUUUUUAAAGAGAUAAAUAUGCUCAUGAAAAAGGAAUCGAUUUUAAUGGAAGAAAAUGCUAAGUUGAAACAGCUAGCAGAAGUGAGAGUUGAUCUUUUAUUUCCAAAAAACCUGAUGGUACUGGAAAUAUUAUUGAGCAAAGCAAUUCAUCCGAGUGUAUCACCAAUUCUCAUGGCUCUGAUACUUCCCUCAGGCUGGGCUUACCUUUCCCCAACUGAAGAUGAUGCUAGGAGACUGCAGCAGAGAAGGAUAAUUGUCUAUUUUUCUUAAUAGGAUAUGAUUAUAAAUUGUUGUGUAAGUGAGUUGAGUGUUAGGGGCCAAUGUUGUGGAUUUACGUGGCUUCUGAUCAUCUAAAUCUUCUGUUUUGAAUUUGCUUGUGCCAUACAUUUAUGCUGAAAUCAUGCUAUUGAAAUCAUACGAUCCAAGGAAAUUUACGAGGUGCA